AUGGUCAUUUUCACAGCCUUACCAGCUGGUACUAGCGGCGAUGAAGGUCGUAUAUUAGUUGACGAAUCGGAUUAUCAAGGAGUGGAUGAUGAACAGCUUCCAUUUGAAAUCAAGGACAUUGUUCGGAUACGAGCCAAUGAAAAGUUUUCAAAAUAUUACGACUGCAUGAAUGAAAUUGGAGAGGGAAAGUUUGGAAAAGUAUAUCGAUGUCGUGAAAAAGCAACAGGAUUUGUGCUUGCAGCAAAACGUAUCAAAAUAAAACGUGAAACGGAUCGAGAGAAAGUGGAACGAGAGGUAGCCAUUAUGACGAAAUUGAGACAUCCCCGAAUAGCGCAAAUUUAUGAUGCUUUUGCUACACCUGAGAACGAUGUUGUACUGGUUAUGGAAAUAGUGAGCGGCGGUGAACUAUUUGACCGAGUUGUUGAUGAGAACUAUAUUCUAACAGAGUUGGCGGUUGUAAUGAUUAUUUGUCAACUAUGUGAAGCAAUUAGCUAUAUUCAUAGCAAAAAUAUUGUUCAUCUGGACAUAAAGCCGGAAAAUAUCAUGUGUGUUUCGCAAACGGGUAACCGCAUAAAAAUCAUUGAUUUUGGCCUCGCUCAGUUUUAUGACGGUUCGUCGAAUCUAUUAUUUAUGGCCGGAACUCCAGAAUUUGUUGCUCCGGAAGUGAUCAAAUUUGAGCCUAUCGAUUUCUACACCGACAUGUGGAGCAUUGGCGUCAUCACUUAUAUUUUAUUGUCAGGGAUCUCACCAUUUUUGGGUGAAACUCUAGGUGACACUUAUGUAGCUGUUGAAAAAGGAGAAUGGGAAUUCGACGAUGAAGCAUUCGAAGGAAUUUCCGAUGCUGCCAAAGACUUCAUAUCCAAACUUCUCAUAAUGGACCAGAAGCGAAGGAUGCUUCCGGAGGAUUGUUUGAAUCAUCCAUGGAUUGUUGACAGCCGAACAAAAGCAGCAAAUGAUCUGUUAAUAAAUCAACUGAACGGUAGUACUCCGCUAUCGAAGGAAGGGUUGAAGUCAUAUCUCAAAAAUAAACGCUUUAGGAAGGCAACUUGGGCGUUGGUUUUUUUGAUCCGAUUCAAACGACAAACACUGAUGAACUUCGGGGGACGAGAAGUUCCUUCUGCCAUCUCCGAAAUAUAUGACAGUCUUCCUGUUUCCAUAGGAAACAUUAUGAAAAGCUGCGCGAAAGCAGAAGCUAGCGCCUCCGUAUCAGCAAAACCAGCAAAGGAUGGUGAAAAAUCUGAGAAAUUGUUAACUGACAUUUCUGCGGCAGUGAGAGAGGCUUAUGAUACUUCCAGAGUAGAGUCAGUAAUUGCAACAAAACAUCUAGAGAAAAAGAAGUUAAGCAGCGAGAUUCCAAAAAAGAAACCAAAACCAAGUACAACUGAUGAGGGAAGGAAAAAGCCAAAACCAAAUGAUGAAGGAAAGAUGAAAAAGGAAGCAAAGAAGCACAAAGAGAAAAAUUGUGAGAAAUCAGACGAAAUAUCCUGUAAGCCAAAAAAGGUUUCCAAGCACUUAAAAACUGCAUCGCGCGGAUUACAAGGACAAAUGAAAAAGUCCACUGAGACAAUUUCUAAAUGCAGCGAAGUAAGUGAUUCAAAAAAAAUUAUUUCAACGAUGUGCGAAGUAUGCAUCACGUUGGAAACAACCAAGUCUUCUAUUUCUUUUACUGAAUUUCCAAAACCUAUAUAUGCUGCGGAAAGUGCUCACAUACGUCCUCUAAUUUCCGAAUUAGUUCAUACAAUUAAAAAUGAGGUAGAAAUGGAGGAGAGACCGAAAAAAUAUUGUGUUUCCUCUGCUAAUCGAACAACGCAAGAAUCUACACGCCAUAACAGUUCAGUAAAUAAGCUCAGUGAAAUCAAUAAAAAAGGCAGUUCUGUAGCUGCUAUACUGUCAAUGUUCACUGAAAAAGCUGAACAGGAAAAAAGGCGUUUCGAGCGUCGACCUUCCCGUCCAGUAAGAACGUUUAGAGAUGUGGAAAAAUCUUCAUCCAGAAAAUCAUCAUUUGUUGUAGCUCAUGAAAAUGAUGCCAGCUGUGUAAAACUUUUUCGAGCACCGGAAGAGGAGAAAAAACGAAUGGAAAAUUUGAUUGAACUUCAUCGACGUGGUUCUGCAGAUCGAAAACAAGUCGACACGAAAGAAAUUGCAGCUGUGAAGCAAGAAGAGGAUAAUAAAGACCUUCCAGAUCAAAGAGUAAAUAUGGCCGAACAAAAUAAAGUAGAAAUAAAAGAAAUUGACUUCACAGGAAGAAAAACAGAAAUAAAUCCUGCAUUAGAAAAUGAGAAAGGGACAGGAUUGGCAAGGACGUCUUCAGAAUUAAGCGCCGUCAAAAAACCUAAUCAGAUCCAUGAAGAGCGAAGUACGGACACUAUGACAAUAGCAAAAACUAGUCGUAUGGGAAAUGAAACAAAGCAGAGAAAACAUAUGAUAGAAUUUACGAUUAAUCAGGAAACGGCAGGAGGGAUUGAAGAACUAGCGGGAAAUGUUACUCUGAUUGAGGCGGUGCAAAUUCAGGCUUUAUUGACACCACAUCAGAAGGCAGUAACUCAGGAUGAUUCCAAUUUUUCUAUAAGUAGAGGAGCAAAAAGCUGGAUGAAUCUGAAUAAAUCACAGAACGAUUCUUCAUUGAAUUCCUUAAGUACCACAUUAAAAAAGCCGAAAAAUACAAAAUGUAGUAGUGAUAAACAAAUUUUAGUUGUCAAUGAAAAGAAAGCUUUAUCUUCGCAGCCACAUCUUUCAGAAGGAAGAUGUACUACAAAGAAAGAAGUUAAAAACCAAAAUGUGCUUAAGCGAAGGAAAAACAAGAUUGAAAUUGACAAGAAUCUUGACUUAAAAGAAGCUGUACAGAACUUAGUACAAUCAAAAAGAGCUGAAGAGCUUAUUGAACAUCGAAAUCUUUCGGAUGAGAAAAAAAUGAAAGAAAGCGUCGGAAAAUUGAAGAAAGACACUGCCUUAACGGAAUUGGUUGUGACAUCUGACAGCUCUCACUUGCUACUUAAAGCAAAGCAAAUGAAAUCGGUCGAAGAAAACAAAAGCAAGAUUCAAGAUAGAGCAUUGCAAUCGAUUCAGGAUACUGUCUCAAGUAUUGGGAAGUCAGUACGAGCUUUUCCCAGCUCCAGAACUCGAACACAUGACGCAGCAAAACGAAAAGUUCCUCAAAAAAAUAGUUGCUCUGAAAAUUUAUUGAUAAGAAUAAAAUCAGAAAUCAAUUUGGCAGAAGAUAAAGAGAAAGUGAAGUCGAUAUGUACAUGCCGAAAAGCCGUUGAUGAUCAAGCAGUUUUCGCCAACCAAAAGAAUAGAUCUCAGCGUAACAUUUCGAUAACCGACUUAAAAAACCAAGAGAACUUCAGUUUUGGUUGGCUUAAACUGCAGUUAGAAACACGAGUGAAUAAAGAAAAAAAAGUUCAAAUGGGAUGGCGAUAUCGUCGUGAUUUAGAAAUUUCACCAAUUCAAUCUGGAAAUGCUAAAAAGGCUCUAAAUAUAUGGAAAACAAUGGAGCAAAGUAAUACUGCCAAAAUUUAA